UUGAAAUCAUGGAUUCUAACGACAUCAUCGCACCUUUCAUCCUCAAAACCUAUCAGAUGGUAAACGACCCUUCACUCGAUGGCUUCAUACGCUGGGGAAUCGCCAAUAACAGCUUCAUCGUCGUCGAACCCCUCGGUUUCUCCCAACGUCUCUUGCCUGCUUACUUCAAACACAAUAAUUUCUCCAGCUUUGUUCGUCAAUUAAACACUUAUGGUUUCAGAAAAGUGGAUCCUGAUAAAUGGGAGUUUGCGAACGAGUGGUUUUUGAGAGGACAGACGCAGUUACUGAAGAAUAUAGAGAGAAAAAAGCAGAUUCAUAAUAGAAACUUUAUGCGAGGAGAGGAAGAUGAAGAAGAUGAGAUGGCGAUGGAGAUUGCGAGGUUAAAGCAGGAGCAAAAGGCUCUAGAACAGGAGUUAGUCGGGAUGAACAAGAGGCUUCAAGCGACGGAGCGGCGGCCGGAGCAAAUGAUGGCGUUAUUGCAUAAAGUAGCGGAAGAUCCCGAGAUCUUGCCACGUAUGAUGCUUGAAAAGGAUCAACGAUCGAAACGGUUGUUGAAAAAAAAGCGACAACGGAGUUUGAUUCCUCCUCCUCCGCCGCCGUCUUCGUCGAGGGUGAAGUUCAAGGAGGAAGAGUGUCAAAUAAUCGAAGGAUGGACCACUUCGUCACCGGAGGCUUAUUAUGGUAAUGAACCGUUUUGGCAGUCAUCUUCAUCGCCGGAUACACCGUCCAUGGCAUGGCCAAAGUCCAAGGUCGGUAGCGGUGGCGGCGGCGCUGCUGUUAACAUGGAAUACGCACCGGUGAACGGCAUUAACAGGUAUGUAAAUUUUACAGAUGGAACCGGCGGUGGGUAUGAUAUAAAUUACUCCGGAGGUCCUUCGCCGGAGCCGGACGUUAGGCCCUCGCCGGCUUAUCCAUUUUCACUGUUGGGUGGCGGUUUUUAGCUACAGUUUAAUUAGUUACUGUUAUUAUAAAUAUUAGAUGAUUAGAUGAUUGUAAUUUCUUCCCUAUUUUGUACUUUUAUAUAAAAUUAUUGAGAAUCAAAUCUCGAUUCUUAUUAUAUUC